CGUGCGACGCGUCUCGCCGUUCUGUUCGUGGCGUGUUUCGGCGGCUCCUUCAAGGCUCCGCGUGACCUUCCGCAUGUUCUACCGCACAGUCCGGGGCGGGGGCUGGCGGAGUCCAAGAACUUCUCCUUGAGGCCGGGGUGUCUCGGCGGACCCUCCGGACCCAUCGGAGACGUGAGGCAGAGUCGCUUUAUUUCUAACACCAAUUUCAAACUAUUUACCCUUGGAUAACAGUGCAAUUAUAUGAAAGUAUGGCUGGGUAUAAGCCUGUAGCGAUCCAGGCAUAUCCUGUACUUGGUGAAAAAAUCACCCAAGAUACACUGUACUGGAACAACUAUAAGACCCCUGUUCAGAUCAAGGAGUUUGGUGCAGUGUCAAAAGUAGACUUUUCUCCACAGCCUCCGUAUAAUUAUGCUGUCACAGCUUCUUCAAGGAUUCACAUUUAUGGCCGAUACUCCCAAGAACCUAUAAAAACCUUUUCACGAUUUAAAGACACAGCAUACUGUGCUACUUUUCGGCAGGAUGGUAGACUGCUUGUGGCUGGCAGUGAAGAUGGUGGCAUUCAGCUUUUUGAUAUAAGUGGGAGGGCUCCCCUCAGGCAGUUUGAAGGCCAUACUAAAGCAGUUCAUACAGUAGAUUUUACAGCUGACAAAUAUCAUGUGGUCUCUGGGGCUGAUGAUUAUACAGUUAAAUUAUGGGAUAUUCCAAACUCCAAAGAAAUUCUGACAUUCAAAGAACAUUCUGAUUAUGUGAGGUGUGGAUGUGCUAGCAAACUGAACCCAGAUCUCUUUGUAACAGGGUCAUAUGAUCACACUGUGAAGAUGUUUGAUGCACGAACAAACCAGAGUGUUAUCUCUGUUGAGCAUGGGCAGCCAGUGGAGAGUGUCCUGCUUUUUCCCUCUGGAGGUCUUCUGGUAUCAGCAGGAGGUCGUUAUGUUAAAGUCUGGGACAUGCUAAAAGGAGGACAGUUGCUAGUGUCUUUGAAAAAUCAUCAUAAAACUGUGACGUGCUUAUGUCUGAGCAGCUCUGGACAGAGGUUACUUUCUGGCUCACUGGAUAGGAAGGUGAAAGUAUAUAGCACAACUUCCUACAAAGUAGUCCACAGUUUUGAUUAUGCAGCUUCAAUUUUGAGUCUUGCACUUGCACAUGAAGAUGAGACAAUAGUUGUAGGAAUGACCAAUGGAAUACUGAGUGUUAAACAUCGGAAAUCUGAAGCAAAGAAGGAUUCUCUUCCCAGGAGAAGAAGGCCUGCAUAUCGAACUUUUAUUAAAGGAAAAAAUUAUAUGAAACAACAGGAUGACAUUUUGAUCAACAGGCCAUCAAAGAAACACCUAGAAUUGUAUGACAGGGAUCUGAAAAACUUCCGGAUCUCUAAGGCACUUGACAGAGUCCUUGAGCCCAGUUGUGCAAUAAAGACGCCUGAGAUUACAGUUUCCAUCAUAAAGGAGCUAAAUCGAAGAGGAGUCCUUGCAAAUGCCCUUGCAGGUCGAGAUGAAAAGGAAAUCAGUCGUGUUCUUAAUUUUUUGAUAAGGAAUCUGUCCCAGCCAAGAUUUGCCCCUGUUUUGAUUAAUGCUGCCGAAAUAAUUAUUGAUAUAUAUCUACCUGUGAUUGGUCAGUCACCUGUAGUUGAUAAAAAGUUUUUGUUACUUCAAGGACUUGUAGAAAAAGAGAUUGAUUACCAAAGAGAACUACUAGAAACCUUGGGGAUGAUGGAUAUGCUUUUUGCUACCAUGACAAGGAAAGAAAGCACUUCUUUGUUGCAGCAUAAUACAUCUGAUGGAUUUCUAGAGAACAAGAAGAUUGAAUCAUAGUGUGCGCUUAACAGGACACAUAAGAACUCCUAACUUGGAAUAGAUUUGAUGCUGUUAACUACUGGGAAGAGAUCUCUUUGAUACAUUUAAAAAAACUAUUUACAGAAGCAAUUUUAUGGAAGAGACUGGAAUAACUAUGCUUGGAAAAUAAGAACCUGUUUUUAAACAUGGUUUUCCAUGUGCUAUUUUAAAUUAUCUCAUGGCAUCUUCAGCUGGAAGAUCUUCUCAGUUGUUUUGGUCAUAGUGUAUAUCCAUCUUGGACAAGUUGACAUUAAUUUUAAUACAGCAGAGUUCUGUUUCAGCAACUAUUUCAACCGUCUCCAAGCAUUCAGAACUCUGGAGACAGUUUCAACUAGGAAUCCUGCCAAAGGAACAGGGCUUUAUUUUUCCCUUCUAUCCUGGAAAAACAACAACAACAAAACAAAUGGCAACAACAAAUAAAUUCUUUCUUCACUCUAAUCGGUGCACUUGGGAUUCCCAAGCCCCAGCUGAGUUUGCCUCCCUCUCCUUGAUGUCAUCACUUACCCCAGGUCACAUGUUCCACCUAGCUGGUGAUUGGACUGUAUCUGUUCCAAGUGUGGCAAAUUAGUGGCCAACUCUGAAUAAUUGACUCUAGUUUGACCUGUAUUCAAAGAGUGUGAUGAGGCAGAUUUGAAUACUAAAAACUGUGCUCACCAGCCCAUGUUUCUUUUUCUUUCUGUAAUCUUGACUGUGCUUCUCAGGACAAGGUCUGCAGGUAGGCCUUACAGACCAUGUUUUUCCUCUUUCCCGAAUAUGCAGCCUUUCUACCAGCUUUUCAACUUGCUUCAGGUCAGCGGAAUGAUAACAUUUGCCAUGUCUCUUGUGAUUAGUAGCCUUUCAGCGUUUUUUAUACAUAUUGAUAUAUUUGGAGCUUAUCUUGUAGCUACCUACCUCUGAAAACCAUUUGAUCUGUGUUUAGGUUUUUUUUUUUUCCCUCUAUUCUUAACAUCAUUUUGUGUUUCAGAACCCCAAACCAGAGUAGCUUGUUUUGGAAAAUACUUGUGUUUUUUAAAAAAAGUUCAAUGUAAAUCACAUUUUUUUAUAAAGAAAUUCAUAUUUUCUUCUUGGCUUUCUGAGAUGUAUCAAUUCCUGAUGGAUAGUCACUGGCUACUGAUUCCUAGCACACCGAUUUUACACUUGCUACCUUUUCCACCUUCCCCCAGUUCCUUAAGUAGUUAAUUAUCUGUAAGGAAAUGUCUUAGGCCAGAAGAAUUCUUAGUUAAAGGAAGAUUUUGUAAUUGCAGUCUCCUCUUAAAAUUUCAGUUCUGUGAAUUCAGAUAUAUUUUUUUAAAGCAGAAAAAAAUAUUCCUAUGUUCUGAUAAGGACAUGUGCUCAAACAGAGGGUCUGGUUUCCCCUUCAUGAAUUGAUUUAAGCAAUCAUGAAGCCCAGUGGCUUAUAAGAAACCAGGAGUUUGCUUCCCUGAGUAAUUAUGAGAUUAGUCAAGGUUAGAAACUGUCUCCAUGUUAAGAAGGGUUAAUUUAUUUAAAUAAAUUUAAAGCUUUUAAAAAAAUUUAACUUCAUAAAUAUGCUGAUAUUGGUUACUAUCAAUAGUAAGAAUGAAAGGUUGAAAUUCUACCAAAAAACUAGCUGCCAUCAACUGUCACAUGUGACAAGGGUUUUCCCAUACAUUAUUUUAUUUGAUUCUCACCACAACCAUCCAAGGUUGGUAUUCUCAUUUAUCGUUGAAUUUACUACAGUAGUUAAUUCACCCUUGAAUUCCCCCAAGCUUGAGUUCCUCAUGCCAGCACCCUGAACUGGCCUGCCUGCUGGGGCCCAAACCACUCAUUCCCUUUAACAAAACUUCACAGAGUGCUGCCGUUUUUAGAUGAGAUAGGUAACGAUUGCAAAUUUUCAAAAAGGUUAGGGAACAAUUCCCAUAGCCAUCAACACUUCAGUGUUAAGUUCAGGAAUAGUUUUUUAUAGUCAUUGGGACAAACUGUAGUAUUUGCUAUUUGAAGUAGUAUUGGAACAUAAUUGGCAUAUUACAGUAUGUAACACUGGCCUUCAUUUCCAACUUAAAAUGCCUAACAUUUUUAGACUUGUACAUUUUAGUUGAAAUGUAUUUUAAGAUCUUACAAAGCCUGCAGAAAUACUGAAAUAUGUCAGAGAACUUAGUCACUGUACAUUUAAUUUAUUAUAUUUAUAAGAGUUAAGUACUUGGGAAGGUUUUGCUUGUUGGGUCAAGCAUUUGAAGUGCUAUUGACAAAAUAUCUUAAAAGUAUAAAUGCUAUUAAACUGUUCAAAGGACUUUGGGUUGUAAAUGGGAUUGUUUAAAGAAAUUUAGUCUGUUCAACUUAAAUCAGCUAUCAAACAUUAAUUAAAAGCCCCAUUUAAAAUGA